GUGGGAGCAGAACCUCAGAUGGGUUCUGAUUGGUUCUGAUCUUUCGGGUCCACUUCUGCGCGGUGAAGAAAGGAACUGUUGAACUUUCCAGGAUCCGGUUCCUCUGAGCUCGGUUCAGUUCGGGUAUGUGAGUCCUGCUUCAGCUGAUCCCAGGAUUGGACCGGGCCGGAGGCUCCGAACCGUUCUGCGGUCCAACUUCAGGUCAGAACUCCAGAGUUCGGAAUCCGGACGGGCUGCGGAGGAAGAGGAAGCGCUCUCUGUCUAAUGGACAAAGUUCCUUCAUCAUCAUCACAUCAGCUGCGGCAAGAGAGGAAGAUGAGCAUCAUCAUCAUCAUGUCGGUCUGUCUGGUUCCGCUGGUCUCCUGCAGCGCAGAGACGCCUGAUGAGGAAAACCUGAACCCGGAGGAGUGGCUCCGUCGUUUCGGCUACCUGUCCCGGUCCGGUCUCCAGAUGUCCGGCCCGCUUUCGGCCCAGAUUCUGACCAGAGCCGUCAGCGACAUGCAGCGCGUCUACGGCCUGGCGCCGACCGGACGCCUGGACGCCGCCACGCUGGCGGCGAUGCAGCGGCCUCGCUGCGCCCUCCCUGACAGGACGCCUGAGGCCGGGGUCGGCGGGGUCAGGACAAGGCGCUUCGCCCUGACGGCUCAGCGCUGGGAUAAGGAGCGGCUCUCCUUCAGCAUCCUGUACCGGCGGAUCCCGCCCUCGCUGGGUCUGAACCGGACCUCCGACGCAAUCCGCCGGGCCUUUGGCGUGUGGAGCCGCGUGACGCCACUGUCCUUCCAGGAGCGACCUGCGGGGGGUGCUGCCGACAUCCUGCUCCUCUUUGCCUCUGGUUUCCAUGGAGACAUGUCCCCGUUUGAUGGUGAGGGCGGGUCGCUGGCCCACGCCUUCUACCCCGGGCCGGGAAUGGGCGGAGAUACGCACUUCGACGCCGACGAGCCGUGGACGCUGGACGCCCAGAACCAGGAAGGUAUCGACCUCUUCCUGGUGGCGGUGCAUGAACUAGGCCACGCUCUGGGCCUGGAGCAUUCAGAGAACCCCGCCGCCAUCAUGGCUCCUUUCUACCAGUGGAGCGACGCGCAAAACUUCAGCCUGCAUGGCGACGACAUCGCAGGGGUCCAGCGCAUGUAUGGUCCUCCUGUAGCCUCUGAUGCUCCGCCCUCUUCUCCUCCCACACAUCGUGAUGACAUCAUCAUCACCACGCCCCCCUCCACACCCUCCUCACCUGAUCCCAACGACCCGACCCAAACCGACCCGGAUCCCCAAGCCCAGCCGGAUCCGAGCCUCAGCCCCCCUCUGGCCACGCCUACCUCUCAUCUGGUUUCGCCCCUCACCACCUGGACCGGGCCGGACCCGGACCCGGACCCGGACCCGGUCACGCCGGCGGUCAGGACAGACGGCCCGCCCAGCAUCUGUGACGGAGACUUUGACACGGUGACGUUGCUGCGGGGCGAAAUGUUCGUCUUCAAGGGCCGCUGGUUCUGGCGGGUCCGGAGGAACCGGGUCCUGGAGAACUACCCCAUGCCCAUCUCCGUCUUUUGGAACGGCCUCCCUGACGACAUCAAUGCCGCCUACGAACGACACGACGGGAAAUUUGUCUUCUUUAAAGGCGACAGGUUCUGGUUGUUCCGGGAGGCCGACGUUCUGCCCGGCUAUCCUCAGCCGUUGCACCAGUACGGCCGAGGAAUCCCCGUCCAUCGGAUCGACACCGCCAUCUGGUGGGAGCCCAACGAGUUCACCUACUUCUUCAGCGGCGACAGGUACUGGCGCUACAACGAGGAGACGCGCAGCGCCGACCGCGACUUCCCCAAACCCAUCAGCAGGUGGGGCAAGAUCCCGGCCUCGCCCAGGGGAGCCUUCCUCAGCGACGACGGAGCCUCCACCUACAUCUACAAAGGCUCCAGUUACUGGAGGUUCGACAACCGCCGGACGGAGGCGGACCGCGGCUACCCCCGCUCCAUCCUGAAGGACUUCAUGGGCUGCGUUGGAGUCCCCGACCCAGACCCGGACCCGGAAACCGAGCGGAACCCGGGGACGGAACCGGUCCGACCCCCGCAGCCGACCGAACCGGGUCGCGGGCCGGACCGGGAGCUCAGGCCCGGCAGCACAGAAGACGACCCAGACCAGGAAGUAAACGUGGUGGUGACGGUGACCGACAGCGAGUCAAAGGUCAUGACCCUGGUCAUGGUGACGGCACCGCUGCUGCUCAUCCUGUGCAUCCUGGUUCUGGUCUACAGCAUCCUCCGGACUCUGCAGAACAAGGAGCCACCCCGGGCCCUGGUGCACUGCAAGCGCUCUCUGCAGGACUGGGUCUGACCCAGUCCGCGGGCCGACUGGACCGCCGGUACCACCGGUACCACCGGUACCACCGCCCCGAUCCCUCACCACCACACUGUCACCCUCUGCCCUCCUUCUUCAAUCUCAGAUUUGUUUAAAAGUGUCGCAGCUCCUGUCUGCUCUCUGUGCCUUUGGCUGGACGAUGAGGCUGCUGCUGGACGCCAGCCUCAUCUGGACGCCAGUGAGCUUCGGAUCAGCUCCAGGCGGAUCCGGCUGCAGCAGAAAUGCAGACGAAGACAUUAGAGCUCAGAGAUCAGAGACACUGCAACCCGACACCACGGCGUCACUGAAUACCAAACUCCUUAUGUUGUUUAUUCAACUCAAAACUCUGAUUUUAUCUGACAAUCAAUCAGGACGUGGAGAAGACCAGAAGGUUCCACAGCAUCAUGCUGCCACCACCAUGCUUUAGCCUGGAGGUGGAGAGUUCAGGCUGUUGGAUUUUGAGCUCUUGGAGCUGUUCAUAGCUGGGAUGUUGUCGCAGAUCCGAACCUGGCUGUAAACAGAACCAGAAACUUCCAGUUCUGCUGCAGGACCUCUGGAACCUCUGAGACCAGAACCAGAACCGCUCCAGUUAGAUCAUGUGUUGUCCUAGGUAACAAUCAACUAACUGUGUUACCUUCUGUUUUUAUAAUAAUGCUCUACAUAAUACUUCCUGAUUUAACACCUUUAAAUUGGGCCUCUGGCUCUUUAAAAGC